AUAUUUCCUGCUUUAGGCUGGUGAGUGAGUCUAGUUUAGUCGGGAAAAGGUAAAAGAAAGAAGACAGAUUGCAGGGGUUUUAAACCCUUUAUUCACGAAUUACACGCUUAUUUUCUUCGUGGAAACGUUCCCGUCGCCGCGCUCAAGUCGCGGUUCCUAAACAGGGAGUAAAAGGUUCCUCUGAGCUGUUUGGUCCAUAAUGGCGCAGUGGAAUCAGCUGCAGCAGCUGGACCCCAGGCACCUGGAACAGCUGUAUCACCUCUACAGCGACAGCUUUCCAAUGGAGCUCAGGCAGUUUCUGGCCCCAUGGAUCGAGAGCCAAGACUGGGCUUUUGCAGCCAACAAGGAGUCUCACGCCACGCUGGUGUUUCACAAUCUGCUUGGAGAGAUUGAUCAGCAGUACAGUCGCUUUCUGCAAGAGAACAACGUGCUUUACCAGCACAACCUGCGGAGGAUAAAGCAGCAUCUACAGAGCAAGUACCUUGAAAAGCCAAUGGAAAUCGCCAGGAUCGUGGCUCGCUGUUUGUGGGAGGAGUCUCGGUUGCUGCAAACUGCUACAACCGCAACUCAGGAUGGACAGGCUCCGCAUCACACAGGCACAGUGGUGACCGAAAAACAACAGAUGCUGGAACAGCACUUGCAGGACGUGAGAAAGAGAGUGCAGGACUUGGAACAGAAAAUGAAAAUGUUGGAAAACCUACAGGAUGAUUUUGAUUUUAACUACAAGACCCUCAAAAGCCAAGGAGAAAUACAGGAUCUAAAUGGAAACAGUCAAGCAGCAGCAACAAGACAGAAGAUGGCACAGCUGGAACAAAUGCUAACGGCCUUGGACCAGCUCAGAAGGCAAAUUGUAACAGAAAUGGCGGGUCUCCUGUCUGCCAUGGAUUUUGUUCAGAAGACGCUGACGGAUGAUGAGCUGGCGGACUGGAAGAGAAGACAGCAGAUCGCCUGCAUAGGGGGGCCCCCUAAUAUCUGCCUUGACCGCUUGGAAAAUUGGAUCACGUCCCUGGCCGAGUCUCAGCUCCAGACCCGUCAGCAGAUUAAGAAGCUGGAGGAGCUGCAGCAGAAAGUCUCAUACAAGGGAGACCCGAUCGUCCAGCACCGGCCCGUCCUGGAGGAGAGGAUCGUGGAGCUCUUCAGGAACCUCAUGAAGAGUGCCUUCGUAGUGGAGAGACAACCUUGCAUGCCCAUGCACCCAGACCGGCCUCUCGUCAUCAAGACAGGCGUACAGUUUACCACCAAAGUCAGGUUACUUGUGAAAUUUCCUGAAUUAAAUUAUCAGCUGAAAAUUAAAGUUUGCAUUGACAAAGAUACAGGAGAUGCUGCUUCAUUAAGAGGGUCACGAAAAUUCAACAUCCUGGGCACAAACACAAAGGUCAUGAACAUGGAGGAGUCUAAUAACGGCAGCCUGUCCGCCGAAUUCAAACAUCUGACCCUGAGAGAGCAGCGCUGUGGAAAUGGUGGACGAGCCAACAGUGAUGCAUCCUUGAUUGUAACAGAAGAGCUGCAUCUCAUCACCUUCGAGACUGAGGUCUACCACCAGGGACUCAAAAUCGACUUGGAGACCCACUCCUUGCCUGUAGUGGUGAUCUCCAACAUAUGUCAAAUGCCAAACGCCUGGGCCUCAAUCCUCUGGUAUAACAUGCUGACCAACCACCCAAAGAAUGUGAACUUCUUCACCAAGCCCCCCGUGGGAAACUGGGAGCAGGUAGCAGAGGUGCUGAGCUGGCAGUUCUCCUCUACCACGAAGAGGGGGCUUUCCAUGGAGCAGCUCACCACGCUGGCUGAGAAGCUGCUAGGUCCCUGUGUUAAUUAUUCUGGAUGCCAAAUUACUUGGGCAAAAUUCUGCAAGGAAAACAUGGCAGGCAAAGGUUUUUCAUUCUGGGUGUGGCUGGACAAUAUCAUUGACCUGGUGAAAAAAUACAUGCUGGCGCUUUGGAACGAAGGGUGCAUAAUGGGGUUCAUCAGCAAGGAGAGGGAACGAGCCCUCCUGAGCACAAAACCCCCCGGGACCUUCCUUCUGAGGUUCAGCGAGAGCAGCAAAGAAGGGGGCAUCACUUUCACCUGGGUAGAGAAGGACAUCAGUGGGAAGACCCAGAUUCAGUCUGUGGAGCCAUACACCAAGCAGCAGCUCAACAGCAUGUCCUUCGCGGAAAUCAUCAUGGGCUACAAAAUCAUGGAUGCCACCAACAUCCUGGUCUCUCCCCUGGUGUACCUGUAUCCCGAAAUCCCAAAGGAGGAGGCGUUUGGGAAGUACUGCCGCACUGAGAACACGGAGCCGCCUGACUUCACUGAACCAGGUAGCACAGUCCCAUAUCUUAAGACAAAGUUCAUCUGUGUCACACCGUGCCCGUCCAUCUUCAUGGACCUGCCAGACAGUGAGCUGUUGACCAACGGAUUUUGCGGCACAAGCUCGGGUAACACCAGCGACCUCUUCCCAAUGUCUCCCAGUACCCUGGACUCUCUGAUGCACAACGAGGGACCAGAAUCCAGUGCUGGAGGACAGCUAGACACGCUUACCCUGGACAUGGAAUUCAGUUCAGAUGCUGCUUCACCCAUGUGAAGAAAAGAAGAAUUAUUAUUAUUAUUAUUAUUCAUCAUGUUCUACAGUCGAUCUGCCAUGGAAACAUAUAUUCCUUUAACUGAACCUUGUAUUCGUGACAGCCCCCCGUCCGUCCCCCCUGUCCCCCCACGUGGUCUUUGGUAAAAAGAAAAAAGCAGUUCUAAAAGCCAAGAGGAGACCAUUUUCUUACCUAUAUGCUUGUGCACCAACAAAUUAUAUAUCAUGGGUGUGUAUAUCUCUCUCUCUCUCUCUCUCUCUCUCUAUAUAUAUAUAUAUAUAUAUAUAUAUAUAUA